UUUCUGAGGUGCCUAAACAUUACAACAAGAAUGUCUACACCAAACAUUCUGUAAUGUGGACGCUGCCUGAAAUCGCCCAGGGGCACUAGGACCCAAAAAGAGCCGCUCUCUCUUCCCCCCUCUGACCACAGUUAGUGACUGCUGAUUCCAUCCUGCUUUUGUUAAAACCGCAGACAUGCAGCUCAAAGUCCUGCCUUUCAGGCCAGCUCAGUCUCAGCCUCUGUCAUGUCUCGCAGCAGCUGGGCAGAGUAUCCAGCAGUACGCCAGCUCUCAGCAUGGAUCAGGGAAGCAUCCUGGUGAGGUUCCUCAGGCAGGUACACAACAAGAAACACAGCAAAGAGGAGACAAUUUCGGGGGAGUUUCUGAGAUUGAAAAGACAGUCAGUUAAAAACAAGAAUGACAAAGUCUACCCAACGGGUUACGCAGAGAAGCAAGAAAACGUCAAGAAAAAUCGUUACAAAGAUAUUGUACCCUUUGAUCACAGCCGAGUGCAGCUGUCACUGAUCAUUUCCGACAGUGAUUCUGAUUAUAUCAAUGCCAAUUUCAUCAAGGGAGUGUAUGGACCCAAAGCUUAUAUAGCAACACAAGGUCCUUUGCCCCAUACAGUGAUGGACUUCUGGAGGAUGCUGUGGGAAUAUAAUGUCCUGGUCAUAGUUAUGGCGUGUCGUGUGUUUGAGAUGGGGCGGAAAAAGUGUGAGCAAUACUGGACAGACAUGGGGGAGGAGCCAUAUCGCUGUGGUCCUUUCUGUGUUACCUGUGAAGAAGAGAAGACCAAACCAGAAUAUGUCAUUAGAACAUUGAAAGUUCAGUUUCAAAAUAUCUAUCGGACUGUGUACCAGCUUCACUAUAUCAACUGGCCAGAUCAUGACAUUCCAUCUUCAAUCGACCCUAUCUUGGAAUUGAUCAAGGACAUGAGGAGUUAUCAACCACACGAUGACAAUCCCAUCUGUAUCCACUGCAGUGCUGGCUGUGGAAGGACCGGUGUGAUCUGUGCCAUUGAUUAUACCUGGAAGCUGCUGAAGGAUGGGAUAAUUCCAGAAAAUUUCAGCAUUUAUGACCUGAUUCAAGAAAUGAGAACACAAAGACCAUCAAUUGUACAAACCAAGGAACAGUAUGAGCUGGUCUACAGUGCAAUCAGUGUUCUAUUUGAGAAGCAGCUAGAAUUCCUCAACACCAACGCGACCUUCUGUGAAGAUGAGAUUAUUGAGCCCUCUGUGGAAUUAGAGAGACCUCAGCGGCCACCAAAAUCUAUUUCUCUUUCAACAAACUCAUCACGUUACAGUUCACCAAAAGAGGAAAGGAGUUUGCGAUUCAUGGCACAAGAGACCACUGAUUUACAAUCCUCAGAACAACACAAUCAGUUGGAUUUAUGCUUCCUUGGCCGUGACCAGGCUUGUGGAUUAAUCACAGAUUUGAACAGCAGCCCCAGUAAUUGUGGCAAAGUCUCUCAGUUACUCGAGGACAAGACCCCUUGUAUCACAAGAUGUUCUCCAGAGAUAAGGCCCGAAAGGCAGCUGAGUUUGGACAAUGUUGGGACAUUAUGGGGAGAACUGUCCCAGGACUCAGCAAGAUUGACACAGGAGACAAAAGAGUUUCCCAGCAAGACAUGUUUGACCAGAGUAAAGUCAAACCCCUUUUCCACCAUGAGCCAGGAUAUUGAACACCCCAUGGAAUCACUUAAAGUUAAGCAGUACAACUUCUUUUCUUUGGAAGAUCUAUUGAAUGUCUCAUCCAGUGGCUCUUCCUCAUCCAGGUCAAACAGUUUACCACAAACAGGAAAGACCUGGAACUCCUGUCAUUGGGAAUCCACUCAGGAAGAGAACCCCAACAUUCUUGAAGACCCAGAGGAACAAUAUUCCAUGCAUUUCACUUCCCCUGCCCACUUCGAGUCCACUUAUUUCACCGAAGAUCCUUAUUUCUCACCUCCCAACUCGGCUCAGCUCCAGGAGAAUCGCCUCUCGUACUUGGAAUCCCCCUGCCAUUAUCUCGAUAAUCUGAACCCAAUCCAGAGUCGAUCCGAGAACGAUUACAGUGAGCUGCCGUUAUUCCCGGGAUACAUGGAAUCUGCUCUGACCCAGCCACCAGAGGAAGAAGAUCAUCACACUGCCGUUGGAGUAAAGGAAAAUCAUUCCGAUGAAGAAACUCCUCCUCCUCUGCCAGAAAGAACCCCUGAAUCCUACAUGCUCCCAGAUAACCCCGAGUUGGUACCAAUUCCUUCAGCAUCUCGGAAAAUUGGAUCAUCUUCAGAAUGGAGUGGAUCUACACAGCCCAGGACCUUUGUGGAAUCCAAAAAUGUGAAGACACGGAGUAAGAGUUUAAAGUUGAGAGCUUUUAGAUUGGAAAGAAAAUGUGACACAUUAUCACUUCCAAAUGCAAUCACCUUGCCCCAGUCUGGACCACUUUCAUCACCUGAGACUGACAACUCCAGAUCAUUAGACGAUUCCAACAAGCCUUUUGCAAGGAGCAAGAGUUUGAAAAUUCUCCGAAGUAUGAAAAAAUCCAUAACCAGUGUUCCAGCAUUGUCCAAGGCUUCAGAGAGUGAACCAAGCACAGAACACAGUCGCUCAUUUCUGAACUUUGGUUUUAAGAGCCGCUUUGUGAAACCCAAAGGACCAAGAAAUCCUCCUGAAGACUGGGUCUGAAACAGCCUCCUCUGUGAAAUAUCCACACAUCCUGAAACCAAAUGGGACAAAACUCAUUUCUUGGGAUCAGGCUCACCUUUUGAUUUAAUUGGUCUUCCAUAGGCUGCAUAAUUCUUCUUACAGAGGAAAGAAAAGGAUUAUUCCUCUCCUUUAAAGGGAGGAAUGCACGACUGAGUGAGAUCACAUUCUCUGAGAUGGUGCACUUCCAAGCUCCGCUUCCCCACAGUUUCACUCAUGAGUUCCUGAACAGCGAAGGAUUCUGUGCCUCACUGAGGAACAGUUUCAAUAACUCAGGAUCACAAUCAGAACUAUUCACAUUGUUGAAUCUUAUAAACUUGAACUGUUGCACCCUUUAAAAGAUCAAUGGCUCAUUUAUGCUUCUCCUCUGUAGAAGCACUUGUGCAUGAUUAAGGAAAUAAUCACACACUGAAAGCAGGAUAUGUAUGUGCAUCUACAUGGCAAAAAUGCAGUGAAUGCCAGGUUUACGGUUGCAGAGUUAAUGCUUUUCUACUGAUAGGCACUGUCUUUAUCUACCAUUUGUAUAUUUUCAAUGGGUUUGGAGAUGAAUUUCUAAUAAAUAUAUUUAAAAUCUAAAGUCUUAGUGGAAGCUUCCUAUGAUUUGUAUUUUCAUUAGGGUUUCCCAAAAUCACAAACAAGAGCAAUGCAGACCCAAAGACAGUGUGGACAGGGUUCUUUUUAAAACAAUUAUUCCUGGAUGUUGGUAUUGCUGACCAGGCCAGAAUUUAUUGUCCGUCUCCAAACUGCCCUGAAAAAAGUGUUUCUGAGCUGUCGUCUUGAACUACAGCAGUCUAUGUGGUGCAGAGGCAGCUACAGUGCUGUGAGGAACUUCCAACGUCCUGACCAAGUGACGCUAAAGGAAUGGCAAUAUAUUUCUAAGCCAGGAUGGUGAGUGUCUUGGAGGAGAACUUUCAGGUGGUGGUUUUCUUUUGUACCUGCUGCCCUUGUCCCUCUAGGUGGUACAGGCUGUGGGUUUAGAAACUGCUCUCAAAUAAGCCUUGGUGAGUUGCUGCAGUUAAUCUUGUAAAUGGAACACACACAUAACAUCACGUGUCAUGGUGGAGAAUGUGAAUAUUUAAGCUGAAGUGACUGCCAACCCAGUGCACUGCU